UUCCACCCCACCACGGCCACCUCUCUCCUCCCACGGCCACCUCUCUCCACCCCGGUUCCGCCCACCAAGAACACCGCAUGGAGGCAACCUCCCACCGCCGCCACGCCCCCACCUAGCGCCGGCCCAUCCUGGAUCCACUCCGCCCCAUCCCCACUACCUUCCCCUGGUGUCCGAGCAGCCCAGAUGCGCGACCGCCGGCGACCUCUUGCCCCGACACGACCGUCGCGCCGCCGCCUACAACCAUAUCCAGGUGACACUGGCGCUCCUCUCCACCUCGUGCAUCCGCGUGCGUGGAUCCCCUGCUACCCACGGCGGCCUCCCCGCCAUGCCCCGCCUGCUUCAGAUCCAUGGCCGCCCCGGCUCCUGUCCAGCCCCCCUGCUCUGGCGAGGUCUCCUCCCCUAGCCGCGCUGCCAGCCCGGUGCAGCUCGGUUGCCUGCCCCGUGCAGCUCGGUUGCCACGGCCGGCCUCCAAAGCCUCCUCCGCCCGCCAUCCCCUCCACCGCCAUGGGAAGAAGCCACCCCACCAUCCCCUCCACCGCCACGGGGCCCAUGCGCCGCCACCAACCCUUUGCCCCCAUGGAUCCACCCGUCACCAGCCACCCCCGCCGCCCCAACAACCUUCUCCAUCCUCCGUCGCGCCCCCAUGGAGAAUGGUGCUCGGGUCAGAUCCCCGUCCAACCCUGUGGCCAACGGCCUCCUGCGAGCUCGGCCAUGUCGACCGCCGCUCGUACGUUGCCUCCUUCUCCGUAUGUCACAAGCACACCUGUACACCUCCCUCUGUGCUCUCUCUCUCCGUUGGAUUUGGGCGGCCCUGCCUCCCCCACCUCAGGCACACUGAAUCGAGGCUCUACAGCGAGGUCGCUGCGGCUCCUAGGCACAACGGCAACGAGCAGGAGGAUCCGUGUCAGCUCUGGUUCACCGCGGGUCGGGGCCCUUCCUCCACGUCCUCUCCUCUCCUCUCAAUGGUGACCAGAAAACUGUGAAGCAGCAACGGCAGUGGGGAGGUGGUCUCCUCCAUGGCAAAUCCACCGUCAAAUGGUGGCGAUGAUGGAAGAGCAGUAGCGGGCGUGCCAUCCACUUAUUUUAUUUGCAUUUUUUCUUUAGAUUUUGGCAAUGUGCAGUCCAGUUUUUUCAGAGUUUUCAGAUUUUGCGAGCCAUGUGAGAGUUGAUAAAACUUGCGUGCAGCCCUCCACGACCAAAAAUGCAGUUCGCUGUGCGUGAGUGCAGUGCGGUGUCCACGGCAUUGCGGUAACCCGAGCCCUUCUCCAGCGUCCGAGCCCCCACGGCGCACGAGAAGUGCAUGAGAAGUUCACCUGAUUGUAUUUUUAAGCGGGGCAAAUUAUCUUUUUUUAGCAGUUCAUCUCGCCA